AUGGCUACCGCCCUAGAAGAUACCAUUGCUCAGAGUCUGGAGUGUUCUAUAUGUGCCUCUACCUACACUGAUCCAAAGAUCCUGCCUUGUUCUCACACCUACUGCAAAGGCUGUCUAGACAAACUCUUGAAAUUUUCACAUGAAAAUAACCAAAAUAACCAGAGGAUACGAUGCCCUGUCUGCAGAACCGAAACCAACGUCCCAAACCAAGAUGUCAGCAAGCUACCAACAAAUCUAGCUUUAAGGAAUAUUAUAGAGGACAUGAAGAAACAACACCAGCCUUGCACAAAUUGUAAAUCCGAUGAUAAUCCCCAUGCUGUAAUGUACUGCCAAGACUGUGGCAAGUACCUUUGUACCACAUGUCACAACAAACACACUCAAAGCAAAGACUUUGAAAGACAUAAAGUCAUAGCCAUGAGUGAGAUCUCAUCAGGGAAGGUGCCAGUGCGUAAAUUCGAGAAAUGCAAGAAACACCCAAAAGAAGAUGAGGAGUGUUUCUGUUCUAGCUGCAGAGAAUUUGUAUGCUUCAGGUGCGUUGUUGCUGAUCAUGCAGGAGAAAGACAUCAGAUCGUCAGGCCAGAUGCUUACGAGCGCAGCCAUGAAGAACGUAUGAAAGACCUGAAGUCCAAAGUUGACCACAAGGGUUCUUGCUUACAGAAGUAUAUUAAUUUCAUUGAUAUUGAGAGGGUACGUGUGAGGAUAGCUCAGAAGCAGUGUGCAGACAAAAUCACGGAAGCACAUGACGCCUUGGUCUUGCAUUUGGCAGAGAAGAAAAACAAUCUUAUUGGUGAAGUCAAUGAUAGGGCUAAAUGUGUAGACAAAGCUCUGGACGAAAUGAAGAAAUCUGUAGUACAGCACUUCUUUCACUUAACCACCAUAGCUGGUAUGGUCAUGUAUAGAACGAAGGUACCAUUUGAUAUCGAUUCUUUGGCUGUAAAUGAAACUUUAUGUGAAGACUUGAACGAGGUCCUCGAUGAAGAAGGUCUUGACUACGAGAAGCCAAGAAAAUCGAGCAAAGAGAUAAAAAAUGUCAGCUUUGAGAAGAACGUUGAAAAUGAUACACUAGAACUUGGUAAGAUUGUCUAUGUAACUGGAGUGCACAUUGUUUUGCCCAGAAACAAUAGCAUGAAUACAAUGGUUUGUACACCAGACGGGGGAAUGGCAGUGGGAAGUUCGGCGGGUGGCAUAGAUAUCAUCUCUGCUGAUGGCCAACCCCUGCAGUCGGUUCUCAAAGAGGUUACCAUUUGUGGAUUAGAGUUCUUCUCUGAUGGUAGAUGUGUUGUACUUGAUCGUUCAAACAACAUCGCACUGUACACACCAGAGUACACAAAGAUGAAGUCAGCAUUAAAUACUCUUGGUGUUGAUGAAGGUGAAUUUGCUGACCUCACUGUUGACGGUGAUGAUCGGAUCUAUGUAAGCUACAGGAAAGCCAAGAAGAUCCAGGUAUUCUCAUCAGAAGGGAUUGUAGAAGCAGAGAUACCGUGCCAUGGAUAUGAACCUCAUCAAAUCAGAAUAUACAACGACUCACUGAUCGUUUCAUCACAGUCCUUUAAUAACAGAGUGCGAUUAAUUGAUAAGCAAGGUGUUGUGAAACAUACUAUGAAGUCAUAUCAUGAAGGACUUUAUCCUGCUGUAUCUCAGCGGAAUACUAUCGUGAUCGCCAAAGUCACUCAUGAAUUAGGGUUGGUAAGCAUUGGUGAGUACACCAAAGAGUUGAAGCGCAUUCGGUACCUUGUUGAAAAUUGCAAGAUCGAGAAGCCCGAGAGACAGUGGUAUUGUCUUCAGCAGUAUCUAUCAGGAGAGCUCGCUUUCUGCACCCCUGAUAGAUUAUAUAUAUUCUACUGA